AUGUUCUUGCGUUUUGCGUGCAUCGUGAGUCUUGCCAUUCUCCGCGCCAAGCUACGAACUCGUCAAAGAGACAAAUCAAGCCGAUCUCUCGACCAACGCUCUACCGAAAACAGUUACACUUUCACUCCUCUUUCUGUCCUGGUCUAUCUAUCUACUCUUUACUAUCUUAUCCAAAUCCCGCCCUAUCACAACUUGUCACUUGUUUACAUUCCGCUCAUCAAAAGGUGUGCCCUUGUUGGCAAGUUUAAUUUGGCCUCAUCACACAUGCUGUUCACCUUGGCCCCCUCUCUUUCGAUCGGCUCGUGCCUCCGAUCCGGAUCUGCCUCAUGA